UGUUACUUCACUCGCGCUGUCCGUUUUGCCAAAUUUUCACGUCAAAAUAGACAUUUCCUUACGUAUACCGGUGCUGGCCAUGUUUUUAUGACUUUUGCAGGGAAAAAGCCGUUAUCCGCAUUGCUCUCUACGCUACUGCCUUAUGCUGAAAUCCUUUGUUGCUAGUUAACUGAUCGAGUGCUAUUGGGCGAGACAUAGGCGGAAAUGGCCCUUGGUACAACCCUUUUUCUAUAGGAGUCAGUCCCCUGGCUGCGAAAUGCUCGCUCAGAGUUCAGCUUCAACCAACGCUUGUCGGGGUUUGGCCAGGCACGCUUGGCUUGUCGGGCGGACUUGCGGAGGACUUAAGGCACGCUGCUUUAGAGAAUCACCAGCGCCUCGGGUAAUGGCGUCAACCUCCUCGACUUCUCGGUCCUGUUUCUCGGGGGCUUCAGCGACGGAGCUUCAACGAUGGCUGGAGCAAGGUGGUGUGGAUACAGCCGCAUACGGCCAGGGCAUGGCCAAGACAGUGCAUGAGCUCUUUGAUGAGGUGUCCAAGCAGGAGAGUGUGUUGGAGCUGGAGGGCGGGCGGGCGCUGCGGAUUGUGAAUGUGCUGUCACUGCACAUACUCAACAGCAGGGGGCAGAUCCUGUUUGAGGACGAGCAGGUGCUGCCCGACGGUCGCUCCCGGCGGCGCAACGUGCCGGUGAGUGAGAAGAUGGUGGGCGAGGAGCCCUGGACGGCGGCGCUGCACCGGGCGGUGCGGGAGGAGCUGAGCAGCGCGCUGCCGGAAGACUACCAGGUGACGCUGCUUGACAACUCCUACUUCCUGCGCACCGAGUACUCCAGCUCCAUGAGCUACCCGGGGCUGCUCACAAAGUACAUCUUCCACCGCGUGAAGGCGCGCGUGUCGGGCAUCCCCGAGAGCCCCUUCAGCACGGUGGAGGCUCGGCCGGGGGGGCAGCUGCUGACCAGGUGGGUGUGGAAGCAGCCGCCAGCGCAGGAGACGUUCUGAAGGGCUGCAGCGGCAGCAACAGGUGCAGCGGCGGUAGCAGACGGGGGCAGCAGCAGCGGCGGUAGCAGACGGGGAGCAGGCGUACCCGCAGGCGGGAGGGCUUAGCGGAGGCCUUGUGCGUUUUCGGAGGAAUGAGGAAGGAAGGAAAGCAGGAGGCGGAGGCCGCAAUUGGAGCGCUAGGUGUCAUGUUGCCGGGUUGCGGGAAAGGUGCGCGGCCGCGCAGCGGCUUAGUCGACUUGAGAGAGGAAUGAGGUGCAAAAUGAAGAGGCGGGCAGGAUCGUCGGGCGAAGGGGAAGGGUAUCCUGCUCUGAUCCCUGUUUUAUGGUGGUUGGUGGAGGUGAUCUUCGGCGGGCAGCAGAUGCCGUGAAGGGGGCGGGCGAGAGGCGAGGGGGGCACACAUGCAAGGACGUGCGGAGGAGGGUUUGCUUGCGUGGGUGCAGCCGGCAGGGGUCGGUAUUGGGGAAUGCCGUGUGCGGACUUGACCUCUCUGGUCUGGAUCUGGAUUUACUGGUGACCUGCAUGCUUGCCUGGCGCUGCAGUGUGGGCGUGCAUCUCUCAGACCAUCUAGACUGCUUGGGAAAGAAAUGGAGAGCAGGGAAUCGGCUGGUGUGACACUGACUGAACGUCUUCCCUUGGCAUUUUGUUCAGAGCUACCGACUUCAGUGACCUUCUGUGUGAGCAACUGUUUGCGAGGCAGCUGAGGUUUCCAGCGAGGAGAGGCGGGGGUGCCUGCUGCGGCGUACACGCCAGGAAUACGUCCCAUGUGCUGUGGUUCGGGGGAAGGUUGGGAUGGGGUGCGGGGGUGCUGCUCCAAAACACAUGUCAGUGCAUUUUGCCCGUGCGCCCCGAGGACCCCCCCUCCCUCCGUUCCGUUUUCGCUGUACCCC